AGCCCGCCGGCCCCGCCUUCCCCUUCUCGCAGCCGUGGGGUGCUCCGGUUUCGGCCCCGCUCCCCUUCUCUGCCCCGCGUCCUGAGUCUUUCCCCUUCUUUCCCUCAGAGGAUGUCUGCCUUCCAGAUCAACCUCAACCCGCUCAAGGAGCCGCUCGGCUUCAUCAAAGUCCUCGAGUGGUUUGCUUCCAUCUUUGCUUUUGCCACCUGUGGCGGGUAUAAGGGCAAAACAGAAAUGCAAGUGAGUUGUCCUAAAAUUGGUGACAAUAAGACGGUUACAGCUACUUUUGGUUAUCCAUUCAGGUUGAAUCAGGCAUCAUUUCAUAAUUCUGCAAAAGACAAUGUAUGUAAUACGACCUGGAGCAGCCAGUUCCUCAUAGGUGACUACUCUUCUUCUGCACAGUUCUAUGUGACAUUCGCAGUCUUUGUGUUCUUGUACUGCACCGCUGCCCUUCUGCUCUAUGUUGGUUACACAAACCUCUACCGGGAGAGUCGUAAACUUCCCAUGAUUGACUUUAUUGUUACUGUUGUUGCCACUUUUUUGUGGUUGGUGAGUGCCUCUGCCUGGGCUAAAGCUCUUACAGAUAUUAAAAUUGCUACCGGACACAGUAUUAUUAAGGAACUUGAUCCUUGUCAGAGCCCGGGAGUAACAUGUCAGUUUGUCUCUGUGACUAGUAUGGGAUCCCUAAACGUAUCUGUGAUCUUUGGCUUUCUGAAUAUGAUACUUUGGGGAGGAAAUGCUUGGUUUGUGUACAAGGAGACCAGCUUACAUAGUCCAUCAAAUACAUCAGCUUCCCACAGCCAAGGAGGUGCCCCACCCCCUUCUGGAAUGUAACUAAAGGAGAAUACACUGUAUGCCAUGUGUGCUAUACUACACCCUGUUGCCAACACCUUGAGAAGCAUUGUUGUUUCUAAUAAAAAGUAAUGGCUUUUUCAGUAAAUUGGUGGGUUUAAAAAUUUGCUGCUUUUCUACAUAAAACGUGCCUUUUCUAGAAAUUUAAGAUGUAAAUGUAUUUUACAUGUAAGUUUGAAAAUUCAGGAGCCUGUUAUGAGAUGAUACUUAUUUUUAAGUGAAUAGUAAUUUCACUAAGUUGCCUUCUAAAGUGUUUACACCUUAAACUUUAACACAAGCCUUCAUUCAGAGAACAGUUAUGUCAUAUUAUAAUAUAGGAAAAAUGUGUUUGAAGUAUACACUACUGUUAGUUUGUACACAUCAUAUCCCUAAGGCUUGGCUUGUUUAAGAAAACCUUGAUUGCAGAAAUCACAUUUAGGGAAAAAAUUAGUGCAAUUUUAUAUCUGAAUAUUGUUCAUGUUAAAAAUUUUUGAAUUGCAAAAACUGGGUAUGUAUUUUUUCUUUUUCUAAAUGACCUGCUGUACUAUUAGGUGUACUAAAAUUAGAAGCAAGGACUUGAAAAUCGUAACAUGUGCAGAGUUUACUUUGCACCUGUCACAUGAGGUAUGUUCUUUAUUUCUGGUGGCUUCGUAGGCUGGUAAAGAGUGUGGGUUCCCAUGAUGGUUUUAUAGACAUGGGCAUUCUCAAUGAUACUAGUUUGCUGUCCUUUGUUCAUGCCAAGAGAGAAAAAUCUACUUUUUUUUUUUCAGAC